AUGGUAGAUUCAAUAAGAAAGAAAAUUGUUGCUUUAGUUAGUCUGUUUGCUAUAGUUUACACUCUAUUUUCAAUCUUAGGUCCUCCUUCUUCAGACCAACAAAUACCAAGAUCAUAUUUUAGGGCUGACUUCAAUGCAACAAAUUCAAACGAAUCCGAGUUAGAAAAGAAUUAUACUUCACAGUUUCCUCCUAAAUUUUUAUCUGAGUUAUACAGGGGAAGUUGGCAAGCAAGUAGCCAAAGCACUUCUCUCCAUGGAAUGAUGAAUUUGGCCGGCAUUGCAUAUUUUCACAUUAGAGAAGAAAAUGCUACAGAAGUCAGAAAAUUUAAGAUAUUCCUUUACGAUGGCGUGUGGGAAAGUAAUAUUUAUUAUAAGCUAGUUUUUCAUAAAGCUUACUAUGAUCAAGAUACCAAAUCACUUACUAGUGAAGCUUGUCCAAUGAUUACUGAAAAGAAUCCGAUUAAUUUAAGAGGAUGCUCGUGCACAAGCAUUUUUAACUUUACGAUAGAUGAAAAUGACUUAUACAGAAUUUAUGGAAAAGUAAAGAGCGAUGAUUGCUCAUUAGAUUUAAAUUUUAUCCUGCAUGAGUUAACAGCUUCAGCUAAGCAAGAACCAGUAGUCACUUAUAGCUUUAUAAUCUCAUGCACAUCAGUUUUACUUAUUUUUGGAUUUGCUAGACAUACACAGGACUGCAUUUCUGAAAAUUUUGCAAAAAAGACGUCUAUAUGAAUGCUUGGAAUGCAAGCGACAAUUGACUUAUUUUUUUGCUUAUAUCAUUGCCAUCUAGCAGUGAGUUAUGAAGACUCGUUUGACUAUUUAAUGCUAGCUUCAUUUUGAUGCUUUGCUGUUUUUAUGAUUAUUCAAGGAAGAUUAACACUUUUGGUUUGAAAAGCUCAGCAUCCUGAGCUCUAUGCUGAGGGUAUAGAAAACUUCAGAAGAUAUUAUAGCAGCUUUCAGACUAAAUUUUUGACUUUCAUCAUAUCAACCGUGAUUUUUUCUGUUAUUUUUGAUGUCCUUUUUCUCUAUUGAAUCCUUCUUAUUCAUAGCUUUUUUAUUCCUCAAAUAAUAUUAAACGCUAGGCAAGGAUACAAGUUCCCGGUAAGGACUCCUAUAUUGCUGCUAACAUUUGCCACAAGGCUAAGUACAAUUUUAUAUUUCUUUGGUUGUCCAGCAAACUUUUUAGCACUAACACCAAAUAUUGGAUUUUGCACAAUAUUAACUGCUUAUUUGACUUUACAACUCAUAGUUUUGCUUCUCCAAAAUUCAAAAGUAGGGCCUCGCUUCUUUGUUCCAAGAUUUUUAAGACCAAAAAUAUACAGCUAUUAUAGGGGUCUAGAAGAAGAAGCACAGAUUGAAGAAAAUACUGACUGCAUUAUAUGUAUGACUCCGCUUAAUCUACAAGGAAAAGAAAUUGAAGGUACAGUAAAUCAAGCAAAAACUAUGCAUGCCCCAUGUGGACAUAAAUUUCAUGAAGACUGUUUAAUGAAUUGGAUGGCUAUUAAAAUGGAAUGUCCAACUUGCCGAAAAGCUCUGCCACUAAUUGAAGAAUAA